AUGAGACCAGCCAACCCUUUGAUAAUUGCGUUGGCAACUCUGCGAAAACCAGCUUGCCGUAGAACAAAUGCACGGAGCAACGUGGAUGUUUUGGGGAAAGACCCGAUGUUGAGAACAGGUGUAUUGUUCUGUGGGUGUAUUAUUGACUAUUACUUUUUCACUCUAGUUACUGUCGAACUUACUAUUAUAUUGUUUAAGGAUCAAAGUAAAAUCGAAAAUAAGCAAUGUUCAUGUUCAGAAUCUUCAGGAGAAUUGAUACAAAUUAUAGGAGAAAUGAUCGUUUUUGAUAGCCAACCUUUUUAUGUUGUGGAGAAUAAAGAAUUGUUAAGAAAUAAUAACAUAGAAGUGGGCAGAGUUCACUUGGUUCUUCGAGAUAGCGGUGCUAAUAUUAAGAAGGCUACAAAAGAUAUGGGAGUCAAUAAUGAAUCCUGUUUUAUACAUACUCAGCAGCUUGUAGUAGUUAACUCUCUUGAAGAGCAAACAUCUCUUAUGGAAAUUGUAUCUAUUGCAAAAAAAUAG